AUGGCAUCUCCCUCAGAUAACCAUAAAACCGAAUCAUAUUUCCCCUUAGCAGGCGCCCGACAGGACGGAUGGUCUCACGAAGACAGAGCAACAGCCACAUGCUUCUGCGGUGCUGUACAGCUGAGCUUUCCGACCCAGGGUCCCGGUCUCGUCGACACCUUCAUCUGUCACUGCACUGACUGCCGCAAAAUCACCGCGUCCAUGUUCGCCUCGAACUUCACCGUCGACGAUGAUUAUUUGAUCCAUGAGCGCGGUCGGGAGUCUCUGUCAUCAUACAGCCAGUCCAAAACUGUGGGCACGGGCAAUACCAUGACCAACUUUUUCUGCUCUACGUGCGGCACCCUGGUGUACCGCGUUAGCACCGGCUUCCCAGGCAUGAGCAUCCUACGCAUUGGAACCAUCGAUGAUUUCAAUCUGCAUGAAACCAAGCUGAAGCCUCGGAUCGAACAGUUUGUCAAGGAUCGGGUGGGUUGGCUGAGCGCGGCGGAGGGGGUCAGUCAAGUGCAUGGUAAUGCCUACGCGUGA